UCAGUUUCUCUCACGUUCCUCUCUAUUGACUCCUCCUAUAAUUGUAGCCCUUCUGUGUUUCGCUGGGAUUUCAUUUCUGGGUUUUUUGGGUAGGUAUUGUGGGUCCUCUGUUCUGAUUUGGAAACCCAUUAGGCUGUGAAUUGGGGAAUCUGAUCUCUGGAGCUUUUAGGUUCCAACGAUCAUGACAAUUUCGGGGCCUCUGAUAUGGGAUCUAAUUGUCUGUUGAGUUACCGAGGGGUGUGGUUGGGGUCAAAUCGUAUGCUUUGGCAUUUGGUUCCGAAUCAAAUGUGCAGUUAGGCUUCUUUUUGUUGAUUUUGUUGAGUUCUUUUCCGAUUUCUGAUUUGUAUAAAUUUGCAACGUACAACUUUAGUUUUUAUAUUUAUUUUUCAUAAUUCUUGAGUUUGAGGUUGAAAGUGUUUUCUUGUUAAUUUGGUUUUUAGUUCUUGGGAGAUAUCCAAUACGAGUUUGCAGAAUCAAACCGAUUAGCAUUAUUACCUCGCUCAUGUUUCAUUAAUUUUCACUGCCAAACACGGCCUGUACGCUACACAAGCCAGCUCCUUUCCUCUUGCAACCAGACUUUUAUUUAGCCUAAAGAAUAUCAAAAGCCAAAGGGACACCAAGGUACCUGACCGGAGAAGAACCUUCAUCGAAGCUGCGGAUACCAAAAGUUUGAUCCUUAACAGAAUCAUUCACUCCACAACUAAAAAUACCACUCUUGUCUGUGGGUUCGGGGCAAGACCAGACAAACCGAGAGAGGCAUUCCUCAUUCCGCAAUCAAAGAAACAGAGUUAAUCGCUCUUUUUGGCGAGCUCUACUUCAGUCUCUUGCCAGGUGUCCUUCUGCGCAAUUAUUAGAACUACUGUAAUUUGUUUUCUUUACAUUGAGCAGAUUGAGUCGUGACACAACCACUCAUUUAGACACAGACCUGUAAUAUUAACCAAGAAAUGGAUAUUAGUAACGAGGCCACUGUUGAUCCUUUUUCAAUAGGACCUUCAACCAUUGUUGGUCGGACAAUAGCUUUUAGAAUUUUGUUCUGCAAGUCAAUCUCACAUACGAGACAUCAAAUACUUCGCGUGUUGUUGAAUUUUUUCUAUAGAUUCAGGGACUUUGUGGCACCCAUGUUAGCAUGGUUGCAUCCCCGGAACCCGCAAGGGAUAUUGGCAAUGGUGACAAUAAUUGCCUUUUUGCUGAAACGAUACACAAAUGUAAAACAGAGAGCUGAAAUGGCUUAUCGGAGAAAUUUUUGGAGAAAUAUGAUGGGAACUGCAUUGACCUAUGAGGAAUGGGCUCAUGCUGCGAAGAUGCUAGAUAAAGAGACCCCAAGGAUGAAUGAAUCUGACCUAUAUGAUGAAGAAUUGAUGAGGAACAAGCUUCAAGAGCUCCGCCAUCGUCGCCAAGAAGGAUCUCUGAGAGAUAUAAUCUUUUGCAUGCGAGCCGACCUUAUCAGAAAUCUUGGCAAUAUGUGCAACCCCGAGCUUCACAAAGAAAGGCUUCAAGUGCCCAAACUCAUAAAGGAAUACAUCGUUGAGGUCUCAACUCAAUUGAGAAUGGUUUGUGAUUCGGAUUCAGAGGAGCUAUUAUUAGAAGAGAAGCUUGCUUUCAUGCAUGAAACAAGGCAUGCCUUUGGGAGGACAGCUUUACUUUUGAGUGGGGGUGCUUCCCUAGGAGCUUUUCAUGUUGGCGUGGUUAGAACACUGGUUGAGCAUAAGCUUUUGCCCCGGAUAAUUGCUGGCUCUAGUGUAGGAUCCAUUGUGUGCGCUGUGGUUGCCACUAGAUCGUGGCCUGAGCUGCAAAGUUUUUUUGAGGAUUCUCUGCACUCAUUGCAGUUUUUUGAUCAGAUGGGUGGGAUUUUUACUGUAGUGAAGAGGGUCAUGACACAAGGGGUUGUUCAUGAAAUUAGGAAGUUGCAAAUGAUGCUGAGGCAUCUAACAAGUAACCUUACAUUUCAAGAAGCUUAUGACAUGACAGGUCAAAUUCUUGGUAUAACGGUUUGCUCCCCAAGGAAGCAUGAACCGCCUAGAUGCCUUAACUACUUGACUUCACCUCAUGUUGUCAUAUGGAGUGCAGUGACUGCUUCUUGUGCCUUCCCUGGCCUCUUCGAGGCCCAGGAGCUGAUGGCUAAGGAUAGAAGCGGAGAGAUUGUUCCUUAUCAUCCACCAUUCCAUCUGAAUCCUGAGGAGGGCUCUGGCACUCAUGUGCGUCGCUGGAGGGAUGGUAGCCUAGAGAUAGAUUUACCUAUGAUGCAAUUGAAAGAACUGUUCAAUGUGAAUCAUUUUAUUGUCAGUCAGGCAAAUCCUCAUAUAGCACCAUUAUUGAGGAUGAAGGAAUUUGUGAGAGCCUACGGAGGCAACUUUGCUGCCAAGCUUGCCCAUCUCACCGAGAUGGAGGUGAAACACAGAUGCAACCAGGUACUGGAACUUGGUUUCCCUUUAGGUGGACUUGCCAAGCUCUUUGCUCAAGAUUGGGAGGGUGAUGUCACCGUUGUUAUGCCUGCCACUCUUGCUCAGUACUCAAAAAUUUUACAAAACCCAUCAUCCGUGGAGCUUCAAAAGGCAGCAAACCAAGGGAGAAGGUGCACUUGGGAGAAGCUUUCGGCAAUAAAAGCAAACUGUGGGAUUGAGCUCGCUCUUGAUGAGUGUGUUGCAAUUCUCAACCACAUGCGAAGACUCAAAAGGAGUGCUGAGAGAGCUGCUGCUUCUUCUCAUGGCCUAGCUGGCACAGCCAAAUUCAAUGCUUCCAAAAGGAUUCCUUCUUGGAACUGCAUUGCACGGGAGAAUUCCACUGGCUCCCUUGAAGAAGACCUUCUUGCAGAUGUUUCUGCCUCAUUUCUUCAAGGAGUUGGUGGAUCCACAGGCGGGGGACCUUCUAGUAAAAAUUUACGAGCACACCGGAACAUGCAUGAUGGAAGUGAUAGUGAGUCCGACAGUGUCGAUCUAAAUUCUUGGACAAGAUCAGGUGGGCCCUUGAUGAGGACUACUUCAGCUGAAAUGUUUAUUCAUUUUGUCCAAAAUAUGGAUAUUGAUGCUGAACGAAAUAGAGGUUUAAUAGCUAAUCGCAACUCAGCUGCACUUCAAAUAGCAGGCAACAAUCAAUAUUAUCAUAGCUCAAGGGUAACAACACCGGAUAGAAGCCCAAAAAGCGCAGAGUUUGAUCAGAGGGAUCUUUUCAAUAGAGUUUCCAGUAAUAGUUCCAGCUUAACGGUGGCGGAAGGUGAUCUUUUGCAGCCAGAGACGACCCACGACGGCAUUGUGUUUAAUAUUGUUAAGAAAGAAGAUUUAACAGUAUCAACUAGGAGUCAUGAUGCGGAAAGUUACGACAGUGACGUUCCUGAAUGUGUGCAACUUGACUGUCUUGAAAAAGAGAUUGAUGCUAGCUCUGCAUCUGAAUAUGGUGACGAUAAUGUCACUACAACAAACAGUCUUAAUAUUCCAGAAUCUACUUCUAGGGAUCAUUCUGGCAUAGAUGGUGGCAGCAGUCAGCAUGUUGUGGAUAGCUGAUUUUGACAAUAACUUGUGCAGGACCAUGACUUCUAAAAGGGCUAGGCUACAAAUGCGCUUCAUUCCUCCCCAGUCCCCAGUCAUUUGGCAAGGAAGUCUCUUGAUUCUUGAUUCUGCAAACAUCAGGCGAUGAAUGUGUGAUACAACCAGGCAAGUAAACACCAUAGUUGAUACUGUCAUUCUUAUAUAUCAACAAAUGAUGUAGAGCACAUGAUUAUCUACUUCGAAUGGCAGCAACAAACUUCUCUUCGUUUUUAUGUUGUUAUCUUUUAUCCUUCACAAACUGUACAAAAAGCAUAGCUGAGCAAAGAUCAACUGACAAGUUCUUGAUUUCUCUUCUAUAUAUAAUACAUAAUUAGUAUUAA